AUGGCCUCGGACCCCAGCAGCCAGAAUGCCACCCAGGCGGCUGGCAUCAGCACCGACAUUGUGACGCUCACCCGCUUCCUGACCGAGGAGCAGGUCAAGGUCAGGGAAGCGACGGGAGACUUCACGCUGCUGUGCCACGCGCUGCAGUUCUCGUUCAAGGCCAUCUCGCACUACAUCCGCCGGGCCACACUCGUCAACCUCACCGGGCUCGCGGGCCAGAGCAACGCCACGGGCGACGACGUCAAGAAGCUCGACGUCAUUGGCAACGACCUCUUCAUCGCCGCCAUGAAGUCCUCGGGCAAGUGCGCGCUGCUCGUCUCGGAGGAGGAGGAGGAGAUCAUCUACUUCAAGACACCCCAGGGCUCGGCCCGGUACGCGGUCGCCUGCGACCCGAUCGACGGCAGCUCCAACCUGGACGCGGGCGUCUCGGUCGGCACCAUCUUCGGCAUCCACCGCCUCGCCGAGGGCUCGCAGGGCACCAAGGAGGACAUCCUCAAGCCCGGCACCGAGCUCGUCGCCGCGGGCUUCACCAUGUACGGCGCCUCGGCGCAGCUCGUCCUCACCAUGAAGGGCGGCGGCGUCAACGGCUUCACCCUCGACAACUCGUUUGGCGAGUUCAUCCUCACCCACCCGGACAUGCGCAUCCCCAAGUCCCGCGCCAUCUACUCGGUCAACGAGGGCAACUCACUCUACUGGGAGGAGCACACAAAGGAGUACUUCAACUCGCUCAAGUUCCCGCAGGGCGGCUCCGGGAAGCCCUACAGCGCCAGGUACAUCGGCAGCAUGGUUGCCGACGCCUACCGCACCCUCCUCUACGGCGGCAUCUUUGCGUACCCGGCCGACAAGAAGAGCCCCAAGGGCAAGCUGCGGAUUCUGUACGAGUGUGCCCCCAUGGCCAUGGUCUUCGAGAAUGCUGGUGGCCAGGCCGUCGACAGCAAAAUGGCGCGCAUGCUCGAGGUCGUCCCCGAACACAUCCACGACCGUGCAGGUAUUUUCCUGGGCAGCUACGACGAGGUCGAGAAGGUCAAGUCGUUCUACAAGUGA